CGCGAGCGGAGCAUUGUGGGAUGGCGUGGCGGCCUCUGCGGUCCUCCUUCUUGGCUUGUAGCUCUGGAUUUUUAGAGCAUGUAUUCUCAGGAUGAAUGGCAGUAGAGCCAAAUGGUCAAUGAGGGCCAUGGGGAAUGGAGUUGGACUUGAGACAGCCAGAGAUCACCACGGGACAAAGAGCAGGACUCGAAUUCACUGCCAUGUCUUCUGAAGAGGGGAAGCUUUUCGUCGGCAGGCUCAACUUCAACACCAAUGAGCAGGCUCUGGAAGACCACUUCAGCAGCUUCGGGGCUAUUUCUGAGGUGGUUGUUGUCAAGGACCGGGUAACUCAGCAAUUGUGGGGGUUUGGCUUCAACACCUCCACCAAUCCAGAGCAGGCCUCAGAUGCCAUGAGGGCCAUGAAUGGAGAGUCCCUGGAUGGUCGCCAGAUCCGUGUGGACCACGCAGGCAAAUCUGCCCGGGGCACCAGAGGAGGGAGUGCCUUUGGGGCCCAUGGACUCAAUUGCAGCUACUCUAGAGGCGUUGGGGACCACGAGUAUGGGAGUGGCAGGUAUGUCAGUCGACCUGGAGGAUAUGGAUAUGGAUAUGGGUGGUCCAGCGACUGUAGUGGCAGAAGCCAGGGUGGUUUUGACUGCUAUUCAGGAGGGAAUUACAGAGACAAUUACGACAACUGA